AAGUGACGGCAGUGCGUCUCUGCAUUCUAUGGGAGGAGAGAGAAAGAGAGAGAGAGAGGCGCGCGGGCCUCAGUCGCCGUCGUCAUGAGCCGCUUCAAGUUCAUUGAUAUCGGUGUUAACUUAACUGAUCCUAUGUUCAAAGGCAUAUACAGAGGUACACAAAAGCAUCAAGAUGACUUCUUGGAUGUGGUGGCUAGAGCAGUCAAAACUGGUGUUAAAAAGUUCAUGAUUACAGGUGGAAGUUUGCAAGAUAGCAAAGAUGCACUUCAGCUGGCACAGACAAAUGACAUGUUUUAUAGUACUGUUGGCUGCCACCCCACCCGAUGUGGAGAGUUUGAACAGAGCAACCCUGAGCAGUACUUAGCAGAGCUACAAGGUCUAGCUGAGAAAAAUAAAGGGAAGGUCAUAGCAAUUGGAGAGUGCGGCUUGGAUUUUGACAGAUUAGAAUUCUGCACUAAGGACACUCAACUCAAGUAUUUUGAAAAACAAUUCGAUUUAUCUGAGCAAACAAAAUUACCGAUGUUUCUGCACUGUAGGAAUUCACAUCCAGAAUUUGUAGAUAUAAUGAGGCGAAACAGAGAGAGAUGUGUGGGAGGAGUGGUACACUCUUUUGAUGGCACCAAAGAGGAGGCAGCAGCUAUAAUAGAGUUAGAUCUCUACAUAGGAAUAAAUGGUUGUUCCUUGAAAACAGAAGCUAAUUUAGAAGCAGUGAGGUCAAUUCCCAGUGAAAGAUUAAUGUUAGAAACAGAUGCUCCCUGGUGUGGAGUGAAAAAUACCCACGCUGGUUCAAAAUAUGUAAAAACCACAUUCCCUACCAAAAAAAAGUGGGAAGAAGGACACUGCCUGAAGGACAGAAAUGAACCUUGUCAUAUAAUCCAAAUACUGGAAAUACUAGCAGCAGUACGUGAAGAAGAUCCACUAGAACUGGCCAACACUACAUAUAACAACAGCAUUAAAAUCUUCUUUCCAGAUAUGUAAAGCAUUUUAUGUAUUAUGAUAAAAACUGGUAAUCCUGUCCAUGUAAUAAAGAUUUGACUCUUCUCUGCAUCA